ACUAUAUGUCCAAUAGGGAUCGAGACUUUGGUUUAUCGCGCGCGUGCUGACAGUGAAGCACAUCUGCUCGGAAUCCGCUGGAUAUAAACAUCUGUAUAAACCACCGCGGUAAAGAAGGAACCGAAAAGGACUACUCGAGCAGAAAGAAGAUAAAGUGAUUGACGGUGUUGCGAGAAAGAGCACCAGGGAAGUUCGUUUGCGAUGUCGGGAUCGCUGUGUCGGAGUUUGUACGCGUUCAGCGGAGAGCAGCACGAGCGCGGAUUGCGCUUUCAGCCCGGGGAGCUGAUCCGCGUCACGCGCGCGCUGCCUGGAGGAUGGUGGGAAGGAGAGAAGGAUGGAAUAACGGGAUGGUUCCCUUCCAGUUACGUCCAAGUCUUAGAGAAAUCUGCCUCCUUGAGUGUGUUGCCUGGCGAGGAGCCUUGCGAAAGCCCAUUGCCCAAAGACUGGAAGUGUUACAUGGCACCACAUGGACAGAAAUACUACGUCAACACUGUAAGCAAUGAGACGACAUGGGAAAGGCCUUCCAGUGUUCCUGGGACGCCCAGAACAUUAUUACGACACAAGAACUCCUUACCAACAGUGAAUGGAUUUCAUGGCAGCAGUGGCCCAUUGCAUCAGACAGAGCAGUCACAUGUACCAAAACAGAAGGCCAACACAGAUCAACAGAGCCCCGUGUCCAUAUCUCCCAGGAAGUCGGAGCACAAGACCUCAGUCACGCAAAUCAACUGUGUGACGUUCCCCUUCCCGUUACACACCACCGAACAGCAACUCCUUAAACCAAACGAUUGGAGCUACUGCGAUUAUUUUUGGGCAGACAGAAAGGACCCACAGGGGAAUGCCAGCAUCUCAGGCUUUGAGGUCUUAAUGCAGAAGCAGUUGAAGGGAAAACAGAUGCAGAAGGAGAUGGCUGACUUUAUGAGAGAGAGGAUCAAGAUCGAAGAAGAGUAUGCCAAGAAUCUCUUGAAACUCUCUCAGAUCCCUCUCGCAGCUCAGGAGGAAGGUACACUUGGAGAGGCGUGGGCCCAGCUGAAGAAAAGCCUGGCAGACGAGGCCGAAGUGCAUCUCAAGUUCUCUUCUAAGAUACAGAGUGAAGUAGAAAAGCCCCUCCUUACAUAUCGAGACAACUUUAAAAAGGACAUGAAGAAGUUCGAUCACCAAAUUGCCGAUCUCAGGAAACAGCUGGCCAGUCGAUAUGCUGCUGUUGAGAAGGCACGUAAAGCGCUCACAGAAAGGCAGAAAGACCUGGAGGUAAAGACUCAACAGCUGGAGAUCAAACUGAACACAAAGAUUGAGGAGGACAUCAAAAAGGCCCGCAGGAAAUCCACACAGGCAGGUGAUGAUCUGAUGCGAUGUGUUGACCUGUACAACCAGUGUCAGUCUAAAUGGUUUGAGGAGAUGGUCACUACAAGUCUGGAGCUGGAGAGACUUGAAGUGGAGCGAAUCGAAAUAAUCAGAAAACAUCUCGGACAAUACACGACGCUGCGGCAUGAGACGGACAUGUUCAACCAAAGCACCAUAGAGCCAGUGGACAAACUACUCCAGAUUGUAGAUCCAUCUAAAGACAGAGAGAUAUGGGUAAAGGAGCACAAGACAGGUGAGGUGAGACCAGUGGACAUGGAGCUCUAACUCAGAGAGAAGGUGUUGGUGAAAGAAGAGAUGGAUUCUUUGGUCUUUUCUGCAAGAACAUGGGGAGAAACAACAUACUGGAGUAGAAAGAAACAUGAGUUUAUGAAUGAAACUGCUGUCAGAGGAGCUGGAGCUCAACUGCCCAAAGCAGUGUGUUAUACAGAAGUGGAACUUUGACCCACAUGAUAGAUCCAAUACAAACAUGUAUAAAUCUUUCUCUCUCUCUCUCUCUCUCUCUCUCUCUCUCUCUCUCUCUCUCUCUCUCUCUCUCUCUCUCUCUCUCUCUCUCUCUCUCUCUCUUUCUCUCUCUCUCUCACACACACACACACACUCACUCACACAGGAUUUAUCAAAGAACCAUCGCUGCACAAAUGUCUGUAAAAACAAUGAACGGAGAGAUAUAAUGAAGUGACAGUUACAAGAUGAACUGGAUUAAUUAAAAUGUUAAGCCUGUGUUAAAAUUUUAAGAGAAAAUUGGCAUGAAUUAAUCUGCUGUUCUUUAAAGUCUUCAAAUUGGAGGGAAAUCGUCUCAAGUGUUCACCUGAUCUUUUGGAGCUUGUGAGAUCAAAUCCCAGAGAUGCUGUGCAUUUAUGGAUAGAGGAACAAUUGGACCGUCCUCUCUAUCAAACUGAUAUUUGUAAACUGAUACUUUUGGGAAUAUUUUUUAUGUUUAUUACUUUUCACAUUGAUGAAAUUGAGCUCAGUAAAAUUGUGGCUGAAGUUUUUAACAGAUAACAUGUUCUUCAUGUCAGACUCUAUGAUGAUAUUCUGCUUACACCAUUAAUCAGUGCGUUCUGGGAUUGCACAGUAAAAAUCCAAUCCAAUUUGGAAUCCAAUCCCAUCGUAUAGUUCGUCCAUUAUCACAGAACAUCAUAGCAGCUGCCAGUCACUUUAUACUAAAUUGCAGUCAUGGUCAAAUAUUUUUGGUCGUAUUUUUACUAAAGUAGGAACCCGUUUGUCAGUCACAUUAUGUCUUCUAAGGGACGUGAUGUCAUCUCAUGAUCACAGAAUUAAUUUUUUUGUCUGCAACAGCACUUCAGGUAGAAAAAACAGAUGCUGGCAUGAAUGUUCUCCUCCAAGAGUGUUGAGCUGCCUAAUCAAAUGCUUGUUAAUAUAUAUAUAUAUAUAUAAAAUAAAAAAAGUUUUUUGUGGAAAAAAAAGGGUAGAAAUUUUAAGACAAACUUUCUAUUAUAUCAAGAAUACAUUUAUUGUGAUUGGUUUGCAAUUACAAUUGCAAUGAUGCAAGGGUUUAGAUCUGACUUCAUGAAUGUGAUAUUAAUAUGAUUUGUGUGUGUAUAUAUUGAAAUAAACUUUAUAUUCCUAUUA